UGGCAACCCUGACUUCAAUCCUUAUCAAAAAGUAUACCAACUCUCUGUCUGUCCUAUCUUCUAUGUUUUAACCACCUUAACCAAAAAAUAGUUCAACUUCGCCCAUUCCAUUAGUAAUAUUAAUAUUGCACAUUGAUAAUUAUAAUUAUUUAAGAAUCGUAAUGAAAUUAACUGGGACAAUUUUAUUUCUAACUUUUAUAUUGUUUUGCAAUGGUACAAUCGAAAAUAAAAUAGUGAAGGCCAGAUUAGAGAGUUGUCCUGGAUGUUCCUUGAAUAGACUUCAUGAUGUAAAAAAAUUUGUUUAUGAAGACAUUGGGAAAUAUGACAAUGUAGAAUGGAAAAAAAUUUCUGGUGCACCUCCUGAACUUAUAUUUUAUAAUUCGGCGGACGAAGAGGUAGAGAGGCAUCAACUUAGUAAGCUCAGCAGAAAAGAAUGUAAUGAAUUGUUAAAUAGUAAGGGUUUUAGUAUGAGAACUAACGAUAAAGAGUUGUAGUAUUUGAAUUAUCCUCCAUUUCCACUCAAAACUGCACCUGAAUUGUGUUUGUAACAAUUUAAAUAAAAAACUAUUAAAUCAGU